GGUUAGUGGCAUUUGUGAAGUUUAAAAAAAAAUUAUCGGCGCAAUAUAUGGUUUCUGUCGUGUUUUAUUGCACAUUUAUCGCCAGUUGAUUUCAGUUGGAAGACUCAUUACUGCUCGUUGAUAUUACUCCGCCGAACCGGAAAGGUGGGCUGUUUACGUUGGUUUGAAGUCUUGUACCGUGACUUGAGCACCUCGGAUUAGGGAAAAUCAUUGAAAAUGGAAUAUGAAAGGUGGCUUCUGGAGGACGCACUCGAUUUUGAGUUUGACGGCAGAGGAUAUCGGUAUGAACCAGAAUACACCCAAGAGGAGCUACGGGAGAUGGAGGCCAGGGCUACGGAGGCGCCUGAAGCUCCGGCUGAAGCGGUCCCCAGGAUCGCGGGAAAUUGGUGGUGUGCCUGUGGGAAGUGCAGGCAGAUGCCGACGGAGCACGAAAGUAGGUGCUGCACGGAGUGGGACCUUGUCGUCACAGCUGGUAUGGCCAACCUCAAUGUCUCGGUCGACGAGACUGUGUCGCCCUGCAUCUCUCUAAAUGAAGUGCGCCAUCUCCUAAAUAAAACCGUGCUGGAGACUUUCUUCUGGGUCCCUAAAAUUAACUGGAAGAAACGCCCCACACCCGAAGGACCGAAUGGCCAACUGUCAGAUAGUCAAUACCGACUUGUGGCUUAUCGAGUCAUUCUGGAGUGGGCCCUCAAAGGUCAACCACUGGGACGAGGAAAUCGCCUUGCAUUACCCAGUUGCGUGGUGUGGGCUGUUAGGGAUGCGUUCCCAUCCCCCACUGGACAGUAUGCUGGGUUUAAUCCCAGUGAGAUAGAGGAAUUAUUCUGAAUUCAUUAUUUUUAUUCUUAUUCCAAUGUAUAUCUUACCCUUCUGUUCCUACCUUCUGUUCCUACCUAACUGCAUUGCGUUUACUUUUUAAUUUCUUCUCAAUAAAAAAACUUUUGUUCAAAAAUCGUUGCAGUU